AUGGCGACAGGCCAGCAUCGGCCGUGCUCACGAUCGAGACCCCUACCCCAAGCAGUCGAGGCGGAGGCGGAGGGGUUAGCGGCAGCGGCUGGACGUCCCCGCCUAGCGGUUACAUCCAAAGCGGAGAAGGGGGACAAGAAAGGCGCCGAUCAGCUGGACAAGAAAGGCCCCGAUCAGCUGGAAGCGACAAGAGCUGCCCAGAAACGACGGCUCCGGCCGCUAGACACCGACAGAACCGCGAUCGUAGCGGCACCGGUGCCGCCGACGGCUUCCUCCGGAUUCGGGCGACGGCCAACGCGCCGCUCACAUCUCCGGACGAAGACAGCCCCCGUGUUUUCGACUUCGGAGGCGGGCACCGAGGAGCGAGGGGAUAUCAGUACCGCCGCCGAAGCCGUCGUGAAUUCGAACGGGAGGUCUUCUCCCCCACCGCCGUCACCGGCCUCGUCGCGGGCUCGCAGCAUGACGAGCCCUCCCGGAGGAAGCUUCAACAUCGCCUGGUGGAACGGCAGUACCGAUGCCGUCACACCGGCGAAUUCCACACAGGGCGAGAAGCGCUUCAUGAACAAGCUGGCAAAGGCGAUCAAGAGCUCCCCCUCUGGUAGCUAG